GGCGGCUCCGCGGUCACGUGCCGGGGGCGGUGUCAUGGCGGCCCCGGGCCGCGCCUCGCAGUCCCGUCGCGGGGUGGUGACGCGGCGGCGGGGCGCGGGGAGGAUGGGGCUGUGAGGGGCGGCCGACCCCCCGCCCCGCGCCGCUCCGAGCGGGACCAGCGCCCGCCGUGCUGGGUUCGCCAGGGCCGCCGCAGGCCCCGCCGCUGCUUUAGGAGGCGGUAGUGAAGAAGAAGAUAUCAAGAUGAGUAAGAAGCCUCCAAAUCGUCCUGGAAUCACAUUCGAGAUUGGUGCUCGUUUGGAGGCACUGGACUAUUUACAGAAAUGGUAUCCAUCUCGUAUUGAGAAGAUAGAUUAUGAAGAGGGGAAGAUGUUGGUCCAUUUUGAACGCUGGAGUCAUCGCUAUGAUGAGUGGAUUUAUUGGGACAGCAAUAGGUUGCGACCCCUGGAGCGACCAGCAUUAAGGAAAGAAGGGCUGAAAGAUGAUGAAGAAUUUAUUGAUUUUAAACCUGGAGAAGAAGUCCUAGCUCGUUGGACAGACUGUCGAUAUUACCCUGCAAAGAUUGAAGCAAUUAAUAAAGAGGGAACAUUCACAGUACAGUUCUAUGAUGGUGUUAUUCGAUGUCUUAAGAGGAUGCAUAUCAAAUCUAUGCCAGAGGAUGCAAAGGGACAGGCGCGCGAGAGGGAGCAGAUAGCGCCGGAGCUGAGAUUAGUGACGGAAAUCGAACCAAAAGAAGACUGGAUAGCUUUGGUCAAAGCUGCUGCUGCAGCAGCAGCCAAGAACAAAACAGGAAGUAAACCUAGAACCAGUGCAAACAGCAAUAAAGAUAAAGAGGACAGAAAAUGGCUAAAAGUUCCUUCAAAAAAGGAAGAAACCUCAACCUCUACAAUCAUGCAGGAGGUCCAGAAAAAGGAAGAGGAGCCUACAUCUAGUGACACAUUUGUAGGAUUUCCUGUAGUGGAUGUUCCAAAGAUGGCCUUUGUGCAGGCAGAGAGCACGUUAUCACACAAGAGGAAAAGUAAUCUAGGCAACUCAUUUCAGGCAAAGAGAGCACGUCUUAACAAGAUCACUGGCUUAUUGGCAUCCAAAGCUGUUGUUGUGGAUGGUGCUGAAAAAAAGGAAGGCAACAAAGAAACAGCUCCAGUCCUGGAGCAGGAGAUUUCACCUAAACCACAAAGUCAGAAAAAAAAUGAAGCUGAUAUUAGCAGUUCUGCCAACAUUCAGAAACCUGCACUGUUAUCCUCAACUUUGUCUUCAGGAAAGGCUCGCAGCAAGAAAUGCAAACAAGAAUCUGGAGAUUCUUCUGGGUGUAUAAAGCCCCCUAAAUCACCACUUUCCCCAGAAUUAAUACAAGUCGAGGAUUUGACGCUGGUCUCUCAGCUCCCUUCUUCUGUGAUAAAUAAAACUAGUCCAUCACAGCCAGUGAAUUCCCCUAGAUCCUACAAACAUAGCCAACGGAGAAGAAGAUCACAACGUUUAGCCACUUGCUCCUUGCCUGAUGAUUCUGUAGAAAAAGUUUCUUCUCCCUCUCCAGUUACUGAUGGAAAAGUGUUCUCCAUCAGUGGUCAAAACCAACAGUCAUCAAAAUUGGAGGUACCUGAUGUUGCUCAUAUGUCCCUUGAGAAGCGUGGACCAUGUCUCCCUCUUGAUUUAAGCCGUAGUUCGGAAGUUGCGGCACCAUUAUCCACAGAACCCACUUUCCGUAAUGAGUAUCCCAGUAAAGACAAGGAAGAUAUUCAGAUGAUUACAUAUCUUUCUUCCAAAGCAGUAACUGAUGGAAGAGUAGCUACAACAGCGUCAGCACCCUCGUCCCAUGUACAUGCCUUGCAUCUGGAAAUGCCUUUAACCAGUAGUCUAAAGUUAACCAAAGGGAAUAGUAGAAAAAAGAGGUCUUCCACAUCAGUGAGCUCUGAAGGGACAGAGAUACAGUGCUCUGUGCCUGUAAAGGAGAAAUGUUUUGAAAGUCUGAAGGAGAAAAUAUUAAAGAACGUGAUUGAGAAGGACAAGCAUUCAGAAGUUGGUGCAGCAAGAAUGGAAAGAAAGGGAAAAGUGGAAGAGAAAAGUUCCUCGACAUACGGUAAAAAGAAAGAAAAGGAAAAGGAGAAAAAGGAGAAAAAGGAGAAAGAUCAUAAAUCAAAGCAGAAAAAGAAGAAGAAAAAAAAGAAGAAAUCUAAACAGCAUGAUUAUUCGGAUUAUGAAGAUAGUUCUGUGGAAUACUUGGACAGGUGCUCCUCUCCAUUAACAAGGUCCUCGGGGAGCUCUCUAACUUUGCGCAGCAUGUUCUCAGAGAAGAAUACAUCAUACCAGUAUCCAAGAGCUAUCUUGUCUGUUGACCUUAGUGGAGAAAACCUUUCAGAUGUGGAGUUCUUGGAUGAUUCCUCUACAGAGAGUUUGUUACUUAGUGGUGAUGAAUACAAUCAGGACUUUGAUUCAACUAACUUCGAAGAGUCCCAGGAUGAAGAUGAUGCUCUCAAUGAAAUUGUUAGAUGCAUUUGUGAACUGGAUGAAGAAAAUGGCUUUAUGAUUCAGUGUGAAGAGUGCUUGUGUUGGCAGCACAGUGUAUGCAUGGGACUGUUGGAGGACAGCAUUCCAGAUCAGUACAUCUGUUAUAUCUGCAGAGAUCCACCAGGAGAAAAAGGUCAUUCACAAUGUCAGUAUUUUAAAGUGUAUUGGGAUAAUGGGCAGAAAGGAGAUAGACAGGGUAUUCUCCUGAAAGGUCAGAGAUGGAGUGCCAAAUAUCUUUAUGAUAAGGAGUGGCUAAACAAUGGACACAUGUGUGGAUUAUCAUUUUUGAAAGAAAACUACUCUCAUCUUAAUGCCAAAAAGAUUGUGUCUACACAUCACCUACUGGCAGAUGUGUAUGGUGUAACUGAAAUAUUGCAUGGACUGCAGCUGAAGAUUGGGAUAUUGAAAAAUAAACAUCACCCAGACCUUCAUCUCUGGGCUUAUUCAGGGAUGCGAAAAGAACAAGAGCAAAUAACUGUUGGGGUAGAGAAAAAAAUAGUGACUUUGCCGGAUGCCAUUAAUCCAACUGAAAGGACGUGUCGUGGUCAAAACCAUAAAGAGCCCCCCAGUAUACCCCUGAAGAUGGAAGAAACAUACAUCACAAGUGAGCACAGUUACCAAAAACCGCAGAGUUUUGGUCAAGACUGCAAAGCAGUCACUGACCCUAUGAGCUCAGAUGAUGAAGAUACAAGUAGUUUUGAGGAAGAUCAAGAAUUUCACACAGAAAAUAAAAACUGUUUACAAUAUUCUUUUAAAGAUGAUGGCAUGAAUGAGCAGAACUCUGCUGAAGGAAACACUGUGUUUGUUUGUAAUGAAAGAAAAGGCUCGGAAGAACAAAUGGACACACAUCUUCAAUGGCAGCUAAAUCUCCUUACCCAUAUAGAGAAUGUUCAGAAUGAAGUCACCAGCAGAAUGGACCUGAUUGAAAAAGAAGUUGAUGUUUUGGAAAGCUGGCUUGAUUUCACUGGAGAACUUGAACCACCAGAUCCUCUGGCAAGAUUGCCUCAGCUCAAGCGACGUAUCAAACAGCUCUUAAUUGACAUGGGGAAAGUACAGCAAAUAGCAACACUUUGCUCUGUAUGACAAAAGGAAGAAUAAAGAAAUAAAAAUAGGGUUUUGACAGUGAAUUUACUUACUAGCCGCAAGACUGACAGGAAGACAGCAAAAAGCUGAGCACUUAACUGGUUCUUUGCCGAUUUCAUUAAUAGCUGAAGCUUUAGAGAGAGGAGAGUAAACCUAGAGUAAGGAAUGUUAUGUUUAAAAUCUGAAUAUUCGAUGUCCAAGCUUCAAAAUGUAUUAUGUUACAUAAUGAGAAAUGAUUUUAUGAUGUUAAUGUGCUAAAAAAGAAACUCCCCAUAUAUAUGAAUGCUGAACAAACACAAACCCUGCAAAGAUCAACGCUAGGAUUUUGAAACCUUUGGCAAAAACAUCUAAAUUCGCAGAAUUCCACUGACAAGAAUUCUUGAACUGAUUUUUAAUGAAUUCUCUUUACCUUGCUAGUGAAAGUUAGACACAGAGAUCUGUAUCCUCUCUACAAGGAAAGUUUUUUUAGAUUAUUUCCUUCUCUCAUGAAUGUUCAGAAGAAUGGACAUGCUAGCUUUGAUUUUUGAAAGAAAUUACUUAUCAUGGUCUCCUUUUUAAAGUAUUUUUUAAAAUAGAAAUCCUUAUUACAGCACCCUUAGGCUCCUUUAAAACAAGUGGCAAAAUAGUGGUCAGAUGUGCCAAAUAAUACUAAAACCACUGGGAUGAGAGUUAAAUUGUGACUUUCAUGAAGAUUUCUUCCACAGUCCUACUCGGUGCCAGCAAUCAAUCCAAAAUUGUAUCUAGUUUGUAUUUUUUUUUUUUAUUUUCUAUUGCAGUAUUCAGGAUUCAAGGUACAAUUUUUGUCCUGGGUAGCGCUUUUCUGGUGUUGGCCCUCUGAGGCGUUACUGUCCUCAACUGGGAUGAGGAAUGGUAAGAGCAGCAAAACCGUCUGUGGCUGUGAAUAGCCUAAACCACUAGAAUAAAUAUCACAAGAUACUUUAUCCAAGAUGUUUUUAUAAAAUCUUUCAGCUUCAGUGAAUGAGACAUCAUGAAACCAAAGGCAACCUACUUGCUCUGUUAGCUCUUGCUGGAUUUUUAGCCCAGGAUUUUCCCUGUGCUUUUAAGUUGCCGCUGUACCCAGUGCUACGUACAUAUUUGUAUGUAUAUGUGUAUAGUUACACAUGUACAUAUAUGCAUACUAUAUACCUUUAUAUCUACACGUCUAGUUUUAUUACAAUAGACUAUAAGAACUGGUGGUUAACAUGAAAUGUUACCUUUUAACAAGCAGUUUCUAAGAUUGAAAAUAAUGUAUGUACAGGUUUUGAAAUUUGUAAAAUAUGACUGUUAAAAGGAGGCUAUUUAACUGAUGACAUUAAGAUACUUGAACAUUUUAUGCCUCAUGUCUGUUUAUCAGUUCUAGUUAUCUGUAUAAAUGCAUUUUAGAACCGAUAGACAGUAAACUUGAAUUUACCUUUUGAUAAGAGUACAAGCCACUGUACAUUCAAAAAUUAUUUAAAUUUGCAAACACACUGUUCUAUAUGUAAGGUACUGUAUGUAAAACUGUUUAUUAAAACUAUUCUGCAUACUCUACGUUUUCCACUUUUCUUCCUGAUCUACAUACAGAUGUAAAAAAGAAGUGAUUGAUAUAAUGUACAGACUAUCAAAAAUCAAAAACUCUUGGAAUGCCUUUUGAGGAUGCAUAAAAUUGAAAAAUGUGCCAAAGAUGGAUUAUCUGGGAAAGACUUUGCAACCAGUGCAUUGAACUUUCAUGAUAAAACCAUUAUUGAGAGAGAGCAGCAUGGCUGGUUCACUGCUAAAAUAAACCAACCCUGACAUUUCCCUUCUGUCUAUCAUGUCUGAAGUGAGUUGUCACUCUUGAUGUCCAAAGCAAUGUGUAAACCCCUGUUACAGAGUGGUUGCUAUUUAAAAAGUCUCGCCACGUCAUACUUCUAGGAGACAUUACAGAGCUACGUGGUGACAUGGAAGUUAAUUAUGGAAUCAUGAUUGGCAACUUCAUAAUGCAGAAAGAACAGAAGAGCUGAGGAGUUGUUGACAUUUUUAUAGCAACUGUUAAUGAAUAAAAUACUCUGUUAUGUACUUGGAUGCUUAAAUAACUGCUUCAAACAAUAUGAAUAAUUGAGUGACUUGCUUUUUGGAUAUGUGAGACUUGUUAAUAUCUUACACAUUUGCUGCAUAUCCUUGAAUGUAGUACUGUGUGUACUGUAUAAGAGAAGUGUAAAUACAGAUGAAUUACUUUAUUUCAAAGUGGAGUGUAUUUACAUAAUUUAUACAGCAUACACUGUAGCAAUUUUAUGCAAUGUGUGUGCAUGUGUGUGAUGUAAUAUAAUUGUAAAUGUUACUGAAGGUAGAGGUGGUCCAGGAGGUUAUGGAUGGGAGAAUGGAGGUUUGAUUGUUAGUGCAGAGAUGGAGGGUUGGUAUCCUGAAAAAGAAAUCAUAAGGUUAAAGUUAAAGUUACUGUUGCAGCUUUAACUUCUGUCUUCUGUUUGUAUAUGUAAUGGUCUCUAAAUUUACACGAGUAUGUAAUUUUAUUCCUCAGGAUGCUGCCUUAUUCAGGACAGACUGUGCUUGAAAAACAAAUAAUCUGUUCAGUAUUUUUUAUUUUCAUUUCCUAUAUAGUCAUGUAUUAUAAAAAUUCCUGCAAGCAUUCAAAUCUAAGAAAUACUAUCCGAGUGUCCUUAGGGACAGUACCGUGAUACGUUGUGUAUUGCUUGAAUGCUUCACAGACUUCUGAGUUUGCUUUCUCAAAUCGUGACGUUAGUCUGUAACAUGUGAACAUUAGUUUUGGCCCCAGUUUCUCAAGUAUUGAAAGGUUUGGGGUGCUUUUGAAGUUUUCUCUUAACACUUAUAGGUCAAGUGCCAUAAAAACGCUAAGUGUUUUGCACAAAAUGUAGCCUACAGUUGAUCGCUUUGCUCGUCUGCCACUUGAACCCACUAUGAUCUGGCUCGUAGCAGUAUUUCUUCUAGCUGGCCUUAUCGAGAGGAUCUUUUUCCUGUAGGCAUUGUUUUCCAUCUGUCUUCCUGCUUCCUCUGUAAAGAAGCCAGGGACCUACACACAGCCUAUUUGCAGUGUCAUUUACUGGGGUGUGAAUUGCCAUUACUUGUUCUGUAUGAUGGAGGAGGCAGACCCUCUUUAAGUAGGAAAUAGCGUAUGGUGAUGUAAGGACUGGUUUUGAUACAUGUACACAGAAAGGUAAAAUUCUUAAAUUUGCAGCCUUCUUUUAACUUGGUAUAAGUUCUCAGUAGCAAUAAAAUGGAGAUGCUACUGUACAGAAGCCUCUUGUGAUUUCACAGGACUAAAUGGUAAACUUGGAGAGCCUUUAAAAGCCCAGCUUUUGAUCUGAGGAUUAAGUUUUUUUCAUGGAGGUAUCAGGGUGAAUCACUUCAAAGCCGUCUCUUUCCCAUAAUCAUACAGUAGACAUCUACAUCAGGAUUUCCGCAUGUUUAGUUGAGGUGAUAGCAGUGGAACACCAGUAUUGCAGUCAUAAAUUAAAUACAGUCUUGGUGACAUGAUCAGAUAUCGCAUGAUGGGGCUGUCUGUGUUUCAGUUACAAAACAGAGGUACUUCAAGUUAUGUGGUAGGGAAUGGGCUGGAAGAUGCUUCCUGCUAACCCUUGAAUAGGAUUGAUAAGUGCUGGUAUUGUGGAUAUUCUGGCCUUAGAUGCGUGAAUCUUUGUUCAGAUGUGGAGUAAUUUACAGUGGUAGAAGCCUGUUGUCCUCUUUAAGAUAAUUAAAGAACGUGGGUUGCAAUCUUGUGAUAGAUUUCAUAUAUUUGCUGGGUGACAGCUGAAACUGUUCUUCCACGGAUGCAGUCCUCUUGUAUGGCUGACAACCACCUGUCUCAAUUUUGCCUCUAGGCUUCUAUGUGUUCUUAUAUGUUUGUUCUGCAGCUUGGAUCUGUUUCUCUUUCUCAACUUUCUGCAUUUUGUCAUCUUCUGUGAUGCCCAGAGGGUUUCACUCCUCCAUUCUGGUGCCCAGUUCUAUCUGGCUGCUGUGGAAAGCAGUCAUAGGGAAGGGAAAAGCAUCCUCUGCCCUUCUGUCCUCUGCCUCCAGUGUGUUCUAUGAGCUGUGUACAGUUGGGAUUGUGUGUAUUGUCAUCAAAAUGUUGAGGUGGUUUUUGCUGCCUUCCCUCAGUAAGACUGUUCUGGUCUUGUGCAAAUGAGGAUCUCUUUGUACACCCAUCUGACUUCUGACUUGAUGAGACUAGAGUGAGUAUUGCUGCAAAACCUCUCUGGCAUUAUUAAGCUCCAGAACUCCUUAUCAGGGUGAAGGCUGGGAUUUGUAAGGAGGUGCUUAAACAUCACAGUAAAAAAUUUAGAACUAUUUUGAUACUUGCAAACUAGAAUAUUUUUUGCUUUGUAUUUGAAGGGAAACUGCGACUAUUUUUCUUGGCUGAAACCUUAAAAGAUGCAAAAUGGAUCCUGAACUGGAGCUUGAUGUAAAAAUUAGUAACAGAAACAGGGGGUGGGAAGAACUCUGCCAACAGGAGACUCAUAACGCACGAGUGCAAUCAGGCCAUCUUGACUGCCUUGUGUUGUUAUAUGCAGGUGCCUAUGUGUAAAGGUGCAUGCAGUUGUGCCAUCAAUUUGCAAGUGAUACUCAUCUUUGCCAUGUUGGUUUAGAAGUCUGGAACCAUAGAUUUUCUCUCUGUGGCUUAGAAAGGUUGUGGUACAUGCAUCUCAAUUCUGGAGUUCUAUUAAAGUCAGAGGCUUAAUCACUUUUAACAUGCCAGUUGAUAUCCUCACAUUUUAUUAUUUGAUGCUUUUUUUUUCUCUGUUGUACUGAGUCCAUAUGGCUUUAGGUGAUGAUUUUACAGAGGAUGCUUGAAAUACUUCAGUAAUGGUUUUUAUUAUACUGUGUUAUGUCCUGGGCACAGGGUGUGGGGGCCUGUCUUUAGCAAUAACUAUUAUACACUAUGUGUAUAUCUGUUUAUAUACGGAGAACAGUGUCAAGCGUGUAAUGAUGGUGAAAAUACACUGCACAGAGAGCAGAUGGUGCAUUUGGCUGCCAUUCUGCACCAGCCUGAACAAGUCAAAUAAAACACUGGAGGCUGCAUAUAGGAAACGGACUAGUGUGAAAAGUCAUUUAGUGAGUUUUCCUUUCCAUACACACUGGGCCGGUGUGCAAACAGAAGAUAAGCCAGCCUUAUUCUAUGAAUUGAAUAACUAAAGCUGGUUCAAUUACUGUUUGCCUCAAACAGCAGCCUACCUUUCUGUAGAACUGGACAGAGCUGCCUCCGUUCAGCUGUCGCCUGUGCGCCAGUGUAUUGUCACUAUGUGCUCUGAGAGAGGUAGCAGUGCGCUAUUAUUAAAUCUUCUAUAAGAGAAGCGAAAUACUUUCUUUUGUGAAUUGUUUUUUAUAAUAGCAAUAAUGUUGACUGCAUUCUAAUACACAAAAUAAAGGUCUGUUGAGAUUGUUAUGUGCCUGGGCUCCUAUUUAGUGGACUUUUGCUUUGGUGAACUAGCGAGUGCUUGUAUACAUUCUAAAGCUUUAGGAAAUCUUCAGUUGCAUUUUUAGCCUCUAGUAUACAGUAAUUGAUACUCACUUAUUUGUACACAUUGCAAAGCUUUAGGGAAUCCUCCAUUGUAUUUUAGCCUGUAGGCAAAUUAUGCACUCAGUAGAUUAUUUACAGUAUUGGAUUACUUACUGUGUGGCAAAGUAAUUGGAAAAUUUUUCUAUUCCUUAACUGCUUUGGCGUUUCAACAGUUUCAGGGUUUGAGUUUUGCAGUGCAGUCCAUUCCUGGAAGGCAAUGUCUUUCAACAGCACAUCACAGUGUCUGCAUCUCAUCUUGUGGGCACAUCUGCCUUCUAAGGGUGUUUCUAGUUUUCUGCCUUUGUACAAUCCUCAUUACAAAAUAACUUCAAUUGGCUUUUAGUGAUUUUUUAUAUUUUAGUAUUGCCUAUAAGCGAUUGUCCAGGACACUUUUAUAGUAGGAAAAAAGCAAACAAUGCUAAGAAAGUUUCUAUCCUAGAUGUACUGUGGAACAGGGUUCAAAUGGUAAGUGGCAAGUGUAUUAAAUCAGACAGAAUCUAAAUGAGUUACUAACAGAGAAAUAUUAUGUUCUUCGCAGCCAAAAUAAACAUGAUCUUAAACAUGCAAGCAAUUACAGAAUUUUAAUUCUAAACAUUUUAAUCAUUAUUGAAGGUACAGUCUCAAAGCUUUUUCAAACUUAAGAUAAAAGGUCAAAUUGAGAUCUUGGAGUGAAUAAUACACUGAAACACUUAUUGUAAUUAGCAGACUUAUUAAAGAAGAAGUUUCCUGAUUCAGACCAAACCUCUAGCCAGUCCAGUGUCUUAUCUUCAGCAGAAAUAUGGUAUAGCAUUUGUAGAAACAUAAUGACUAUAAGUGAUCUGCACAAAUUGGUCUUAUGCUUAAUGUAUCCUUCAGUGCUGGUAAAGUGAGGUUUCCUUUACCAAAUCUUCAUGAAAACCAUCAGUUUUAUCAAUCACUGACAGAUCAGUGCUCCAUGAGUUUGAUCUAUCUGUUUUUCAGUCAUUUCUCUCUGCAAAAGCAGGUGGAAUACUGAAUUCCACAGCUUUGUUGUGUGGCAGAAGGAGCUGCGUUUGUUCUUGAACUUCCUUUCUGACUCCACUGCCUGUACGCUGUUGCCUUCAGAUCAGAGAAGGUGAAGUACUGCAUUAUGAAAAGGAACAAAAGUAGUUUUAUCCUACCAACACCACAAAUUUGGUGCCCUGUCACUGUCCUUGCGUGACUGGCAGUGCCUUUUCUCAUUAGCUUACUUUGGUCAAACCCUGACUUGAUUCAGUAUGUAAAUCUUAUCUUUCGUGACACUGCGGGUGGUAGAACUGCUUCUACUUGGGGUUUCAACACAAUCUCCAUCCAAGAUGUCGUGAGAAUAAAAUAAAUAUUUUUUUACCUUGCAGCACUAUGGUACUAUUAGAUAGAGGAGAACUAUGUUAUGUCCAAUCGAUAAGUAAAGAGAAAUCAAAUUUACCUGUCCUAAAAAUGGUUCAUUUCUGUAGUGACGAAGGCAAAUUCAAAUGUUCUUACAUGGACUUCCUUAGGUCUUUUUUUACCAAAGGCAUUUUGGUGGUAAAUUAUAAUUUUUCUAUAGCCAGCUGGCAAAUUAUAGUACCAAAAACCUGAGAAGCUCUCUGCCCACUUUUCUGAUCUAACCAAGUGUAGUAUAGAAGUUACUGGAAUGCCCCUCAUCAUUCUUUCAAUCUGAAGAAUGUAUCACGUAUGAAGUGACUGAAACUUGUAUUGGUGUGGCUAUGCUUUUUUCCUUAUUACCUUUUAGAUUUGCAUUUCAUGAGGACUUCUUAAAACUUAAUCAUUGAGAGAAGUGCUUCACAAAGUCUUGCUAUAGUUGUCUAUGCCAAAAUCAUGUGACGAAGAUUGAAAUGAAUGUCUCAUUCUUGGAAAGAAAUGUCCUAAUUGUAAAACGUGGUUCUCCUCUAUCUGUAAGUGUAAUAAGUUGCUAACAAAUGGUGUGAGUCUGGUUUUACCUGAUUUUUUUCUUGAAACAUGGCAGAGGGUUGUCCAAUAUUGGUGAUUUAUUUAACCCGGAGUAGUAGUUCAUGAUUUAAAAAUAAAUGAACUAAUUGAUAUAGGCAUAAUUUGAUAACUUUUUUAGUUCAUGAAUUGGUUGUUUCAAAUUCACUACCUCAUCCAGGAGGCUUCCUUAUUAAGUUUGUUUCCUAAACUAAGGUUGACUUCUCAGGCUCAAGUUUUAUUUGGGUGAGAGCAACUUUUCUGUGGACAUAGAUGUUGAUAUUUGUUCAUAUAUAGGAAUCAUUUACCUUUGGGCUUUUCAAUAUGUAAAAAUUGCACAAACUGUCUUUUCUGCUAAGAAAAUGUAUGCAAAACUGGAACAAUUAAUAAAUGGUCUGC